GCGAGAUACCGCCCCCGACGGGGCGCCCGCCGAGUGCCCCAGCCCCUAGCCUUUCGGGCCUCUGCAGCCCGGCGAGGAUACAAUCUGACCACUAGAAGAGGAGUAAGUCCUGGAGACCUAAUGCACAACAUGCACCCUGUAAGGAUUGCCAGACGAUAAUGAAGGUUCUUUUACUAAAAGACCCUAAGGAGGAUGACUGUGGCCAAGAUCCAUAUAUCAGGGAACUAGGAUUAUAUGGACUUGAAGCCACUCUGAUCCCUGUUUUAUCAUUUGAGUUUUUGUCUCUUUCCAGUUUUUCUGAGAAGCUGUCUCAUCCUGAAGGCUACGGGGGCCUCAUUUUUACCAGCCCCAGAGCAGUGGAAGCAGUGGAACUGUGUUUGGAGAAAGACAAUAAAACUGAAGUCUGGAAACACUCUCUGAAAGAAAAGUGGAAUGCUAAGUCAGUGUACGUGGUUGGAAGUGCUACCUCUUCUCUAGUGAAUAAAAUCGGCCUGGACACAGAAGGAGAGAGCUGUGGAAAUGCAGAAAAGCUCGCAGAAUACAUUUGUUCCAGGGAGUCACCGGCAUUGCCUCUCCUGUUUCCCUGUGGAACCGUCAAAGGGGAAAUCCUGCCGAAGAUGCUCAAGGACAAAGGGAUUCCCAUGGAAAGCAUCAUCGUCUAUCAGAAGGUCCCACACCCGGGAAUCCAGGUGAACCUCCACAGCUACUAUUCUCAGCAGGGCAUCCCAGCGAGCAUCACGUUUUUCAGCCCCUCUGGCCUCACCCACAGCCUCAAGCACAUUCAAGAGUUGUCUGGUGACGACAUUGGUCGAAUCAAGUUCGCCGCCAUCGGCCCCCGCACCGCCCGUGCGCUGCCGCCCAGGGCCUGCCCGUGAGCUGCACGGCCGAGAGCCCCACGCCACCAGCCCUGGCAAGGGCCUCAGGUUGGCGCUUCAGGCCCCCGGCCUGCUGAGUCACUGGCACUUCCGGCCGCGCGGCUGUCCCGGACCCGGGCAUCGCACCACCACUGCUGCGGGGAAGCCAGGCAUCGGCGGGCUCCCGGACUUCUGCCUCAUGCCUCCGCGGACCCGCGGGGACACCGGGGAGCGGGGUGGGCCCCAGGGCUGGCGUCGGGCUUGGCCGGCGCCCCCGGCUCCCAGGCCCGGCCGGGGCUCCUCCGGCAGCGGGAAGGAAACCAAAUAAAGCACCGGCUCCCCGAGCUGACUGCGUUGUCA